UCGUCCGGAACGGUCGAUAAAAGCGGUUACGCGAAUAAGAUUGCUCGUCGGUGGUUUGACUUUGACACGUACACGUUCUACAGUUACUGCAAGAUGACCACGGAUUAUAGAUACGCGUUUGAAGCCGAGUGGUAUGACAAAAUCGCCUGUCUACUGAAGAAGUUUUAUUUAUAUUAUUAUCCAUCUGACAAUACUGUCGAACUAUUUGACCUAAAAACAAGGAAGACUUUCUUAAAGAGAACGACGUCUGAAGGCAUACAGGCCAAAGAUUUUUAUAUUGGCGCUGUAGUGACGAUAUUUUCAAGAUCCAUAAAAAUUACAGCCUAUGCAGACCUCUAUACCGAAACCAAACUGGAAAGACAAUUGCAAAGGAUCCUUGCACUUUUGAAACCAGAUGUCAUUGAUAAAAUAGGCGAAAUAUUACGGAUCAUUACAGAUCAUGAUUUUCAGAUAGGAAAUAUAAAAAUGGUACAAUUAACUUUGGACCAAGUCAUGGAAUGUUAUCCCAUAAAAGAUAUCACCGAUAAAACGUCCCUCAUAAAUUAUCUCACCUCUGGCCCGGUUGUUGCUUUGGAAUUAUUAGGAGAAAAUGGCAUAACAAGAUGGCAAGAAUUGGCAGGUCCAGAGGACAGCGAGCGUGCACGUUCUACGGCGGCAUCCACAUUGAGAGCUCGGUAUGGAAGAGACGAGAUACGCAACGCCGUGCACGGAUCCGAAAACCCUGAAGUAGCAACGCGAGUAUGCGAGAGAAGAGUUUUGCGUAUGAUUAUUAAUAUUAAUGUCUCGAUUUCAUGCGUACUUGAAUACUUUCAGGAGUUACAAUAUUUCUUUCCUGAUUUGAAGAGUAAAAGUAAAAAAGUAAAAAACACUGCGGUUCUGCAAAACUGCACUUGUUGUAUCAUCAAGCCACAUGCUGUACAAGCGAAACUUGUCGGUGCCAUUGUUAAAGAUAUUCAGAAAGCGGGUUACAUAAUCACUGCGUUGCAACAGUUCUGCGUCAACUCAAUCAUGGCCGCAGAAUUUCUCGAAAUUUACAAAGGUGUUCUCCCGGAAUAUAAUGCAAUGGUAGCUGAAUUACAAUCUGGUCCAUGCGUCGUCAUGGAAGUGAGUCGUAAAGACGAAGGUCCCAAUGUAGUUACCGAUUUCAGGAAUUUUUGCGGUCCGAUGGAUCCGGAUAUCGCUCGACAAAUCAGACCAGACACUCUCAGAGCCAAAUACGGAAAGACAAAAGUACAAAACGCCAUACAUUGUUCCGAUUUGCCAGAAGACGGCGUAUUGGAGGUGGAAUACUUCUUCAGGAUUCUUGACGGAAUUUAAGUGAUUAAGUACAGUGUUAAGUAUACUGUGCGUAAUCAAUUAAAGUUACGAUUAAGACUUAUGCCAAUAAUAAUCUUAAUGUAUUUAAACAAGUAGUAUAUUUUUAUAUUUUUGUAUAAAAAAAUAAAUGAUAUUUCUA